AAAAAUGUUAGCUAACAAGAGACUCUUGCUUAAAACUCUGAGUGCAAGGUCAGCCUUCUUCUUCUGAAGCAUACCAUCAGACAAAGACUUGCCAAUGAGCAAGUACCACGAAAUCUCAGAUCAUUUUUUGGAGAGCUUAUGUGAGCAAUUCGAAGCUAUCGAUCAAAGCGAGAUAGAUGAUGUAAUCCUAAGCCAGGGUGUUCUUCGCAUUGAUCUGGCUGAUGAGAAAUCUACCUAUAUUAUCAACAAGCAAAGCCCCAAUAAACAGAUCUGGCUAAGCUCCCCUAUGAGCGGCCCGUACAGAUUUGACCUUGACCUUGAAAGUAACAAAUGGGUUGGGAAGGGGGAAGACUGAAUCCUGGACUUGCUCAGUAAGGAAUUAAGUGAAUGGACUGGAGAAGAAGUGCAAUUUGUGUAUGAAAAUGAUUUGUUGUAG